UGAUUCCACAUAGAGCACUUCAACUUUCUCUGGAAACUUAGAGCUCUUUGGAAGCCAAGCAUUCCACAAUGAAGAGCUUUCUGGCUUUCUUUGUUGCAAUGGGCAUCAUAGUGACUCUGGCUGAUGCAUACUGCUGGAGUAAACUUCACAAGCCAGGAGAGGCCAAAAAUGGCUGUAUGUUGAAUGGAAGGCUGUAUCCCUUUGGACACAUUGAGAGGACAGAAGAUUGCUUCACAUGCAGCUGCAGCGAAGGUUCAAUGGAAUGCUGUUCCCUCUUUCAUACUCCUGUUGCUUAUGACAAAAAGAACUGUAAAGUCAUUUUCAACAAAAAGCGCUGUGACUAUGACGUGGUGCAGAAGGAUGACCCCUCAAAGGAGUGUUUUGUCUAUUCUCGUGUGGGCUAACACCUGCUCCAAGCCUCUCUGCGCUGUGGAAUUCCUCUCCUUCCUACAAAUGCUUUGCCAUCACAGAGAAGCACGAUGGCAUGGGAAAAAUCUCGUAAAAGAGAGCACUUCA